AUGGGGAAACCACUUGCUGGAAAGUGCUCUCCAGAAGUUUGGUUAGGCAUUCUCUUCUCUUUUAUUUUGUGCUUUUUUCUGCUUCCCUUUGAUUACCCAAGUAAUUUUUUGGGGGUAAAUAAUGGUGUUAGUCUCUUUGAAAACAAAGAAACACACCCAAUUGGUAUUGUAAAGAAUCAGUCGAUUUCUGUUAUCAACCAAUCUACCACAGAUUCAUGCUCUGGUCGUUACAUUUAUAUCCAUGAUGAUCUUCCUACCAAAUUUAACUAUGAUCUGAUCAACAACUGUGAGUCUCUUACUGGAAGUAACAUGCCCAAUAUGUGUCCACACAUAAAGAAUUUCGGUUUUGGUCAGGAAAUUAACAACUCUGAAGGGGUUUUAACCAACAAGAGAUGGUUCUCCACUAACCAGUUCUCAUUAGAACUCAUAUUUCACAGCAAGAUGAAGCACUAUGAGUGCUUGACAAACAACUCCGCUCAGGCUUCAGCUAUUUAUAUACCAAUCUAUCCUGGCCUUGAGGAGAGUCAACAUCUGUGGGAUCCAAACCUCACAGCCAGAGACUCUUUCGGUGAAGAGUUUUCCAAGUGGGUUUCGAGUAGAUUCGAAUGGAAGAAAAUGUGGGGGAGAGACCAUUUCUUUGUUUCAGGGAGGGUUGCUUUCGACUAUAGGAGGAAAACAGACAACAUUUCUGACUGGGGUAGUACACUCAGGGUCUCGCCAGAGUCUAACAACAUGACUAUGUUAACAAUUGAAGGAAGCUCACGGACAAAUGAUAUUGCUAUACCAUACCCCACUGGCUUUCAUCCUGCAAAGGACAGUGAAGUGUUUCAGUGGCAGAACAGAGUGAGGGGGCAAGAAAGGCCUUACUUGUUCACUUUUGUUGGUGGACCAAGGCCUGACCAGCCAAACUCUAUCCGGGGCAAACUUUUUGAUCAGUGUCAAGCCUCAAGUACUUGCAAGGUACUAAAUUGCCAUUCAAGUGGGAUCAAUUGUGAAGAAACGGUUACUGUUAUGAGGGUGUUUCAGAAAUCAGUUUAUUGCUUGCACCCUACAGGGGAUACAUUCACCAGAAAAUCAGCUUUUGACUCUAUUCUGGCUGGUUGCAUUCCUGUUUUCUUUCAUCCGGCUAGCGCUUAUAACCAGUAUUUAUGGUACUUGCCUAAGAAUUACACCAAGUAUUCUGUAUUUAUUCCAGUGAGGAAAGCACAAAAUUUGAAAGACGGUAGCAUUGAGAAAAUCUUACUUGAAAUUUCAAAGGACAUGGAAUUCGCCAUGAGAGAGCAAGUGAUAAGCCUAAUUCCAAAGUUGGUGUACGGAGAUCCCAGGUCAAGAUUAGAGACCAAAGAUGCAUUUGAUAUUGCUGUCAACAAAAUACUUGAGAGGAUAGAAAAUGUAAGGAAGGUGGUCAGAGAGGGGAGGGAUCCUAGUAUCGGAUUUGCCGAGCCGGAUGGUAAUAAGUUCCUAUUUCCUGAGGAGCUAGAAUAA